GAUUUCAGCACCUAUUAUUGGCUAUUGUAAUUCUUUUUCUUAUGUGUGUAAAAAACCGAAAAUUCCUGUAAUUAACAGCAAAUCAAGUCGAUACAGUUGCCCGGUGUUUGAGGAACCAAUAAAUUGCCAAGUCUGCUGCAGCACUGUAUUCGAACACAAAAUUCUCGAUUUUAUGAAGGCUGACGCCCAGUGACGAAUAAAAAAGAAAAAUAUCGGAUGGUAUUUGUGUCGCAUUUGUGAAGCUGACGGGAAGGAACGGUGACAUUCGUGGCAGAGGAAACGCAGAGUGCAAAACAGUCUCUCGUGUGCAAAGUCAAUAGCAAGAAAAAAAAAAUUGGAAGAAAAUAAUUGCGGCGUGUGCUUGACCAGCGGAAAAAGAAGAAAAACGACGAGGAAAAUCAUCCAGGAUCAUCAUCAUGGAGUGCUGUCUUUCAGAGGAAGCCAAAGAACAAAAACGUAUUAAUCAAGAAAUUGAAAGACAACUUAGACGAGACAAACGAGAUGCCCGAAGGGAACUUAAAUUACUCUUACUUGGUACUGGUGAAUCGGGAAAGUCUACAUUUAUUAAGCAAAUGCGUAUUAUUCAUGGAAGCGGGUAUUCUGAUGAAGAUAAACGUGGAUUCAUCAAAUUAGUCUACCAAAAUAUUUUUAUGGCAAUGCAGUCUAUGAUAAGAGCAAUGGAACUACUCAAGAUUCAAUAUAGUAUACCGUCGAAUUCAGAAAAUGCAGAACUAAUACGAGGCGUUGAUUUUGAAACAGUAACAACAUUCGAACCACCGUAUGUUCAAGCGAUUAAAGAUCUAUGGGGUGACUCAGGUAUCCAAGAAUGUUACGAUCGACGAAGGGAAUAUCAGCUUACCGAUUCCGCAAAAUACUACUUGAUGGAAAUUGACCGUGUUGCUGCCAUAAACUAUUUACCAACUGAACAAGAUAUUCUUCGUGUUCGUGUACCAACUACCGGUAUAAUCGAAUAUCCAUUUGAUUUGGAAGAAAUUCGUUUUAGCUAUUUGGAUGAUUUGGCAAGAAUCGAGGAUGCAGGUUAUUUGCCAACGGAGCAAGAUAUUUUGCGUGCUCGUGCUCCGACAACGGGAAUUCUCGAAUAUCCCUUCGACUUGGAUGGCAUCGUCUUUAGAAUGGUAGAUGUUGGUGGUCAGAGAUCAGAAAGACGGAAGUGGAUUCACUGUUUCGAGAAUGUAACAUCUAUCAUAUUUCUUGUAGCGCUUUCGGAAUAUGAUCAAAUUUUGUUUGAAUCAGAGAAUGAGAAUCGUAUGGAAGAAUCAAAAGCUCUAUUUAAAACUAUUAUUACCUACCCUUGGUUUCAACAUUCUUCUGUUAUAUUAUUUUUGAACAAGAAAGAUUUGUUAGAAGAAAAAAUAAUGUACUCGCAUUUGGUCGACUAUUUCCCAGAAUAUGACGGUCCUCAAAGAGACGCUAUUGCUGCCAGAGAAUUUAUACUUAGGAUGUUCGUAGACCUAAAUCCGGAUUCUGAAAAAAUUAUAUACUCGCAUUUUACUUGCGCUACAGACACGGAAAAUAUUAAACUCGUAUUCUGCGCUGUAAAAGAUACGAUCAUGCAGACAGCGUUGAAAGAGUUUAAUUUAGCCUAAAAUGGUCAAAUAUCAUUCGAAAAUUACUAAAAGUUACUUAUACAAUGUCAUCUAAGAAGUUUAGCGUAUACAGAAAACAUAAGGUUCGUGUUUGCAGCAGUGAAGGAUACAAUUUUACAGUCAAAUCUAAAAGAAUACAAUUUGGUUUGAAUGAUGAGGCUAAUGUUGGACUUAGUAUAAUAUAUUUAAAAAAAUAGGACCUAAGAAAAGUCAAACUUUCGAGUUCGUUAUAAAAACAAAAACAAACAAAAAAAACCGUAAAUGCGUUCUUUUUUCCAAAGUGAGCCGAUUUAAUGUUUAGAUGGUUAACUUUUGUCUCCAAACAAAAAAAUGAAUUCAAAAGCAUCGCAUUUAAAGCCAUACUUAAGUAUUUGACAAGAUGAAAAACAAAAAAAAAACAAAAACAUGAAAAAAAUUUAUAUAUAAAAAAGCAUUCCUUCGUAUAAAUAUAUAUCAAAUCAUUAAAAAAAUUGAUUGUAUAUUUAAGGGAAAACAAUGCUGGACUACUUUAUGGUUUUUACUAUAUAUUUUCUUACGCUAUAUUCGCUAGACUUCUCUUCAAAAAAAAAUGAAAAAAAAAUAAGUAAAUGAAAAAACAUGAAAAACGGCUCAAUAAUACCAUUUUGGGCACACACAACACACACACACAGUAAAAGAAUGAUAUCUAUAUUUGUAACAACGUUCAAAAAUAUUGUAUUGAAUGUGCAGUAUAAUUCUUUAGCAUAGCUUAUUUAUAUUAAUGACGACUUCCACGCAAGUUUCUAUAACCUAAAUAAAUUUAACAUAUUAAAUUCAAGUAA